AAAACAAGGAAGUAGUUUAGUUUUGUUGUUUUUUUUAACUCCGAAUGAAAACACAGUAGCUGUGGCACCACCGAGGAGCAGCAUAAGCAAAAAAAUAAGUUGUAACGUGUUUAUUUUACCUCACAUAAAGCUGGAAGCAACAUGUUGGCUGCAGGAGUUUCCAACAAGGUCCAGUAUUCACGGCUGGCUGCUGACGAUGAAGGUUACAUAGACCUGCAGUUCAUGAAGAGCCCACCAAAGAUCCCGUACAAGGCGAUCGCAGUGGCAGUGUUCCUGUUUAUGAUCGGCUCCUUGCUCAUCGUCUUCGGCGCUCUUUUUCUGUCGGGAAUCAUCAAGAUCGAGCAUCCCGACCGCACCAUCCCUGUCAUCAUCAUAGGCCUGCUGGUUUUCCUGCCGGGAUUUUACCACCUGAGGAUCGCCUACUACGCCGCCAAGGGUUACCGAGGCUACUCGUACGACGACAUCCCGGAUUUUGGCGACUGACGCGCAACGUUCCCCCGAAACUGCUGAGAACUUUCUGAAUGUAGCAAAAGCACAGGCUUGUGUUCGUCCUGAAGGGCUGCACGUAGUUUUGCCAAUAUAUUGUGGAUAUAUAUAUAUAUAUGUAGUUUUAUGUUUGAUCCUGUUUGCUCUUGUUUCAGCCGUGCUUUAUUACUCUCAGCACAAAAGCCUGGCUGACCUGGGAGAGUUGAUCCUGCUUUAUUAGCAGUGAAUCAGUCGAGCACGCCGGAGCAGCUGCCGACUCGUUCUGUUACACAACUCGUCCCAUAAAUAAUAUUUUUUAAUCACGUCUCAGCAGAUGCUUUAAAAUGACCGCUCCGAGUCACGGUAGCUUCACUGUCUGUUUUAAAUAUUUACAUUAGAUUGAGAUCUUGUUUAAUAUUAUUGUAUUUUUGAAAACGGGGAAUUGAUUUUCUUGUUUUCUGCUCCAGCGCUGAACCUGCAUCACAACCAAAGGUUUUUAUAUCUGCUCUUUUAAAAAAAAUAAGUUACA